AUGGUGAAGGGUAAGUCGACCAAGGGUAGGCAAAGGAUUGAGAUGAAGCGCAUCAAAGGUGAGGAGGCACGGCAGGUAUGCUUCUCCAAGCGCCGUCCAAGCUUAUUCAAGAAGGCUAGCGAGCUUUCCACCCUAUGCGGUGCAGAGGUUGCUGUUGUCACGUUCUCCCCUGGUGGCAAAUGCUGGUCAUUUGGCCAUCCCUCUACUUUGUCUGUUGCUGACCGCUUCCUUGCCGAGCAUACUUUGAAUGGCCUCACCAUUGGAAGUGAGAGCCAUGGUACUCAAGGGUUGACCGGUAUUAGUCAUGAGAUGAAUCAGCAGGUUAUGGAGUUGCAACAAUUAAUGGAGACCGAGAAGAGGAGGAAGGAGAAGCUAGUAGAGGCUAUGGAUAGGGAGAGUGGGGGGCCUGUAAUGCAACUGUUGAAUGCCAAUGUUAGUGCAUUAGGGAUACAUGAGUUGGAGCAGUUGAGAAAGGAGAUUUGUAUGGUACAAGACAUGGUCAAGGAGAGGUCCCGCGAGAUGCUGCAAGAUGCCAUGCAAACAAGAAGGCUGCCACCACAAUCUCCUAUGCAUAUGGCAGCAAUGCCCUCGCAAGUUUUGUCUGGGAUCCUUUGGAUCCAGAGGGUUAUGGGGGUGUCGGGGUUGAUGGAGAAAUUGACGCUGAUGGAUAUUGAUAAGAAGGGCAUCAAGAUCGGAGGCAUAAAGGCAGCGAUCCAGGGGCCCGGCGGAACUGCAGGCGGUGGCAAAAGUCCUGGCUGA